AUGUUAAAGGCUUUUCUUAUAGUUGCUAUAGUAUUUCUAUCAAUAUUAGUGUAAUAGGUGGCAGCUUAAGUAACACCUUGUCCUCCAGGCUAAUAUGGACCAAGUAGUGGAAGUUGCACUAAUUGUCCAGCAAAUUAAACCAGUAUUAGUGGAUAAAACACUAGUGCUUAAUCUUGCACUAAUUGUCCUGCAAAUUAAUCUUCCCUUUCUGGAACAGAUUGUUAGAAUUGCCCAAGUAAUUAUACAUCUUCAUCUGGUUAAAAAUGUGUUCCUUGUGCAGCUAACCAAUAAUCAAUUUCUGGUGCUAGUUGCACAAGCUGUGCUUCAGGCUAUUAAUCUGCAAGUGGAAGUUCCUGCACUUUAAUUUAUUCAAAAAUAAUUUCUUUUUCUUUAGGAUUAGCUAGUUUUAUAUAUUUAUUGCUCUGA